UGAAAUAAAAGAUAUUCUGGAAUGAUUUUAAACGAGUGUCUCAGCUCUUUUUUCAGUGUUUUUAAUGCUGUUGUAGCUGCAUUCUGGUUUUAUUUUUAUUUUGUUUAUUUUGUUUCCCAGGAGGUGCUAGCAAGUGGUUUCCAUCACAGGUGUGAAGAAUGUAGCCUUCAACUGAUGGGGAGGAGUAGAGUGAUUAAAAAGUUCUCUUUAUUAUAAUUAACUUGGCCGAUUGCUAAGUUUGUAGUCCAGCGUGGAUCCAGAGAGCCAAAUAAUCAAUAAUCAACAAUUAUAAAAUCAAAUAAUAAUUUAAUUUACUUUAAAGGCCUAAUUGAUUUGGGAUGGGCAUUUCCUCUCUCACAUUGUCUUACAAAUGUAACUGGCCUCCAAUCACUAUAAUAAGUCACCAUUUAUUGACUAAUUAACUAUUAUUAAUAGUUAAUUAAUAAUUAACUAUUAAUAAUUAACUAUUACUUACCGAGAUAGUAAGUCAUUAUUUUGAGUUAUGAGUUUUUAAACUCAAUGGCGGAAGUAAAAAUAAAUAAAAACUGUUUCCCCUUUGAAGACUUUCAAAGUAAAAGACCCGCGCAUCGCGCCAGCUGAUCGGCUCUUCCGGUCUGCCCGGUUGCUAAGCAGCUCUCUCGGCGUCGCACAGGUCGCCUCGUUGGCAGCAGCUCCUCCGGCGUUCAGCGGCCAGCGGCUCGUUUCCUACAAACUCAUCAUCGACCGCGUUUAACCCGGAAAUGGGUCCGCGCCGGUACCGGGGGAAGCGCGGCGGGGGGGGCCACGGGCAACGGGACACCCCGGUGAAAGCCCCGCUGGGCACGCGAGUCAGUAAGAGACGGACACACGCGCACGCACACUUUACAUGUACAGGUGACGACGUAAAAUACACUAAAAGACUAAAACUAGAUUUACAUUUAGUUCACCAACCAAACAAUACAGGAACCAAAGAAACAUCCGUGCUGUGUGACCUGCUUUCAGGGAGCAGGAGACUUGUGCACCAGCAGCGUUAUGAAACACUUCCAGAGGAGCCCGAGAUGGAGGAGAUGGACCUUCCAGAGGUUGCGAGCAUCAAGCUCGUCCCCUCCAGGUCGAUUCGGCAGAAGCUCGAAGACGAAGCCCUCAGAGCUCCUCAAACAUCCGCACAGCCAGACUCACCUGCAGGUCUCCAGAGGACCCCCGAGGCCUCUGAACCGGGUCACAUGACCCCGCCAAACCCGACAGUGACUCUGGGAAGCAUCACAUCGUCUGGGACGGAGUCGGACCCAACGGUCAGCUGUGAUGAGGAGGAGGAGGAGGAAGAGUUGUCUGUAACCCCCAGCAGCAGUCUUCCCUCCCCAGAGCUCCUGAGAGCAGGCGGCUGUGCAGAAGCGAUGAGGUCCUUUAAGGAGGAGCUGCUGGGUCUCCAUCUUCACGUAAAAAACUCCACCCUGCUGGAUGUGAGCCAUGCUGAGAGCAUCCGCAUGCAUCACUCCCCCAACCUCUCCCACAUCCUCGGAACCUCUACGAUUCAAGCUGAAAAGAACGGUGAGAUCAACAAAAGCAGAGAACCUGAUGCAGAGAGCAACAUACACGCAGACCCAUUUAAAUCAGAGUGGAAAACCCCUCCAAAAGCAGGAGAGUCACCCGUCUGUCCAUCCCGUGAAGACGCCAUGGACGACAUUGGAGACAGAAUUCUGCUCCCUGGGCCCACCAGCAGAAGGCCCAUCAUGUACAAGAAGAAGGUCUCAUUCAAGGUCCCCGUGACGGCUGAGGCCCCCGAGCCAAAACUGAGCGCCCGAGAAGACGCAGAGCGACCGGCGUCCGACGCCACGUUCUUUGACUUCAAGGACGCCGCCGACAGGAACGCCUUCUUUGAGGGGCUGAGGACGAGGUGUGAGGAGCUAAGACGUGCUCCGCUGUUUCCCCUCACGGCCCUCGAAUGGACGGAGGCCCCCAGUAUGUGACACCUGAGGCCAGAAGUCUUGUGUGUAAGGAGUAGGGUUUAUUUCUUUCUUUCCCAUUAUCUACAUGAAAAAAAUAGGAGGUAUUCUAUAAACGAAUGUUCUGUGUGCACCUCAGGGAAAAUGUGAAUUUGUACUUGUAUUUGAAGAGAGUAUUUCAUAGAGAUGAGCCACGCGCUGCUUCUCAACUUGCCCUUAUUUUUUUCCACACGGAGGCUGAAACUGUUGCGGAUGCAUGUCUGGUUUAAUGAAACAGCACACAAGCUUUCUUUUUUUAUUUUAUUAGUAAAAACAAGUGUCUGGUGUAAAACGACCACUAGAUGUCCUUCUUCAGCCAUCUUCUCUCUCUCAGCGCCUGACAGUGAUUGCUUUAGUUUUUUCUCAAUUUUACUGUGAAAAAUAUAUAUGUUGUACGAUGUUGGAUCAGCGUUUGCAUUUACUCUUUCGGCAUAAUCUCCACGUGUCAAUACUUUAAAUGAAUCUAAAUCUAAAUACUCAAUGUGAGAAAGCGGGUUGAACAUUAAUUUCUCUGGUUGUCUUUUUUUUUAAUCAGCUAUGUGCCUUUAAACACUUCUAAAGAUCAUCAAAAAUGUCCCAACUAAAUGAAUGCUGGAGAAAUAAAUAAACAAGAAUUAUUUGAUACCUUU